GAUAUCUCCGAGUUCACGAAAAGUCGGUUCAUUUGAGAGAGCGACCUCACAAAUGUAAAUACUGUGAGAAAACCUUUUCUCAGUUGGGCAAUCGUCGGAUCCACGAGCACUCUAUUCACCUGAAGCAACUACCGUAUACUUGUGAACAUUGUGGCAAAUCGUUUUCUGCGAAGGUCGGUCUGCAAAGACACCGCAGUUAUGUUCAUUCGAGUGAGUGUUCAAUUGCCCGUUCCAGUUAAGCUUGUUUUGUCUCUCUUGCAUCGUGUCAUCUUCAAUGAUAUUGCGUGGUCU